ACGCGGCAUGCCGGCUGCCGCGUGAUACUGUGUCCACAUAUGUGGUGCGCUCUUCGUGAAAGCCCGCCGGAAUCAUAAAGUCGAAAUCGUAAUUUACUACGAUUGUCAUUGAGAAGCAAAGAGAGAAUAGGAGUACAUCACGAGGAGUGACGCCAAAUUGCCUCCGGAACGAUAUACUUUAAGAGAAGGGGGUGAAAAGAGGGGCGAGUAAGCGGAAGCGAUUUUGAGAGCUCUAUAUUCUGCGCGCGUGCGUGUAUAUAUUGUGUACGGGAGUGUGCAUGGGAGGGAAAGGAAUGGCAAAUUAUUUCUCCGCUAAAAAGCAACACGCAAAGUGCAUUGAGUGCAACUUGAACAAGAUCGACGAUUCCUAAGGAAACUCUAUCCUUCAAAAUCGCCUUACUCUUUACGAAAGAAAGAAUCACUCUUCCGGCAUCUCCCGUCCGAUCUCGCGAUCUUUCCGAUGCACCGUAUGCAUAAGAGGAACCUCCUUCCCAGACGGUGACGACGAAGACGAAGACGAAGACGAAGACGAAGACGAAGACGAAGACGACAACGACAAGAGACAACGCCCGAAGCGUCUCUCUUCUGAAAAUCUGACGAGGUCGUCUGAAAACUCGACGAGUUCAUUUCCCCAUAACGCCAACGUUCACGCGGGGGUAUCGCAUAUAUUGCGGAAGAAUAUCGAUGGACAAAUAGUCGAGUCACACAGUGUGCACCUAUUUCCAUUGUCCAGAAAAGGAUUUUUGAAGAGACACUCGGAGACGUCUGUCUUGACCGAUUAGCGAAACUGUGUUCCUUAUCGAGUGCGGUUAAGAUAUUCGGUCUGAUUAUGAGUUCUUGGAUGAACUGUCCGUCCUCUUUGCUGCUGUUGCUGUUAGGCUUGAGCCUGCACAGCGCGUGCAUCACGCGAGCGAACGUUGCCGGUCAGCACGGUAGUCAAGACGGUGGUCACGAGUCCUUAGUGGUGGAGACUACUAGUGGGCUGAUGCGCGGUUUCUCUCGCACGGUGCUCGAUCGUGAGGUUCAUGUGUUCUACGGAGUGCCAUUCGCGAAACCUCCCGUUGGGCCUUUGCGAUUUCGCAAGCCGCUGCCGAUCGAGCCCUGGCACGGGAUUCUGAACGCUACCACCUUGCCCAAUAGCUGCUAUCAAGAGCGCUACGAGUACUUUCCAGGCUUUGAGGGUGAGGAGAUGUGGAAUCCUAAUACCAACAUCUCCGAGGACUGUCUCUACCUCAACAUUUGGGUGCCGCAGAAGUUGCGUCUACGUCACAAGGAGUCGCCAGACAACGUUGGUAAUAACGGUAUGGCGAUAUUGGUCUGGGUCUAUGGCGGCGGCUUCAUGAGCGGCACCGCCACCCUGGACGUAUACGAUGCCGACAUUAUGGCGGCGGCCGGUAAUGCGAUCAUCGCUUCGAUACAGUACCGUGUCGGGGCUUUUGGCUUUCUGUAUCUCAAUCAGCACUUUGUCAAUAGCGAAGAGGCGCCGGGUAACAUGGGCCUCUGGGACCAGGCCUUGGCUCUCAAGUGGCUCCGUGAAAAUGCGCGCGUCUUCGGCGGCGAUCCCGAUUUGAUUACGAUCUUUGGCGAGUCUGCGGGUGGUAGUUCAGUGUCCUUACAUCUCAUCUCGCCGGUCACGCAAGGUCUAGUGCGUCGAGGUAUCCUUCAGAGUGGCACCCUCAACGCCCCAUGGAGUUACAUGACCGGCGAAAAGGCAAACGAGGUGGCUCGUGUACUGGUAGACGAUUGCGGAUGUAAUUCGACAAUGCUGCAAGAAAAUCCGGCACGUGUUAUGGCCUGCAUGAGAUCGGUGGACGCGAAAACUCUCUCCGUGCAGCAGUGGAAUAGUUAUUGGGGCAUUCUCGGCUUCCCGUCGGCGCCCACCAUCGACGGGGUCUUCCUGCCUAAGGAUCCAUUGGACUUGGUCAGAGAGGCGGAUUUCAAGAACACCGAGAUCCUGAUUGGAAAUAACGAGAAUGAAGGAACAUAUUUUAUUCUAUACGAUUUCAUUGACUUCUUCGAGAAAGAUCAAGCCAGUUUUUUGGAGCGAGAUAAAUUUCUCAACAUCAUCAAUACUAUCUUCAAGAAUAUGUCGCAAAUCGAGCGUGAAGCCAUCAUUUUUCAAUAUACCGAUUGGGAUCGGGUGAAUGAUGGUUAUCAUAAUCAGAGGGCGAUAGCAGACAUCGUGGGCGAUUAUUUCUUUAUCUGCCCAUCCACACAUUUUGCACAAUUAUUCGCAGAUCGCGGCAUGACGGUUUACUAUUACUUUUUCACGCAGAGGACAAGUACGAAUGUAUGGGGCAAAUGGAUGGGUGUGAUGCAUGGUGACGAAGUGGAAUAUGUCUUUGGGCAUCCCUUGAAUAAAUCUUUGGAAUAUACCGACAAUGAACGAGAUCUUUCUUUGAGAAUGAUUCACUAUUUCUCGCGAUUUGCAUAUACGGGGAUGCCAACAGUAACCGAAACUGAGUGGCCAUCUUAUACCAGAAAUCAUCCAAAGUAUUUUAUUUGGAAUGCAGAAAAGAAGAAUGCUUUUGGCAGAGGUCCUCGCACAACAGCCUGUGCAUUUUGGAAUGAAUUCCUGCCACGCCUAAAAGGUGUUCCUGAUCCCACACCCGAGGCAUGUAAAAGUGCAAUGGCGUCGAGCGUUUCUGCCGGUGUCAGCCAACUGCAUAGUUCGUCAACAAUUGCGUCCAUCAUCUUACUUCCGGUGCUGGUAGUAUAUAGAUUUAUAUAAGCGAUUCACCUCCAUGUCGAUAAAUCCUUUUCAUAGCUGGCAGGUACCUGACUGGGCAGAAAAGUUCCAUCGGCGUUACCGUCCGACAAACAGGUCGUAUAAUGAGCGUUGUUUACGCUUCAAGGUCGUAUUAGCGGUCGUCAACCAUUCGUAGAUCGAUAGGUCGCCGUAAGACGUAUGCUAUUGUUGUAUAGCAACAGUUCGUCUUUAAUUGUGUCAUUAUGGCACCGGCACUAGUAACACAGCGCGACGUUUGCGAAUGAUAAUCAGAAUGCUCCGCAUCUUGGCGUGAUGCAUUCACUGUUUCGAGAUAGUCGUAGACUUAGAUAUAUGUCGCGAUCCGCGAUUGAAGACAAAAGAUACUCGACAAAAGCGCGAGAUGGAUCCCUGCAAUCGGCUCUAACAAGAGUUGAUCUAAUUUUGACGAUUCGUAAUUUGGGCAUUUUCCAUCUUCGUACUUGAUCGAUCCGGUUCUGGCUUAGGCUCCAAUUCUUUUCUUAUUUUUUGUUAUCUCCUAAAAUUUGCUGUCGUUGACUCUUUUGAUUCGAUCGAUCCUAUUUCCACUGAUCUGAUUGAUAAUUUGACAUAUGCCUUGCGAGAUAUUGCUACUGGCAAACCUGCGUGAAUUUAUUUUGCAACCUUACAAGUGUUUCUAAAAUAAUCACUGCUUUGUAAGUAUAAUAGUUUAAAUUAAUUGAGUGCUUAGUAAUAGUCUAAAUUAAGCGAUCGCUUAGGAGUCGUUAUUUGAAUAAUUGUGAGAAUUGGCAAUUGCAAGAGUCGUGAAAAAAUUUAAUGUAAUUGAAUAAAGGAACGGUACAAAUAAAUUAUUCGUUAUUCGUUGUUUGACAGAUGUGAGAAAGGUAAAUGGCGACCUAUCUCGAUCUCGUAUAAAAUAUAUACAACAUUCGAUGAAUUAUAUAAUAUAAUUGACGAUUUAGCGCGAUAUAAUUUUGCCAAGUCCUUACGGAUCAGGUUAAAUAUAGAGAUUCAACUUUGAUUCAAUGCGAACGGCAAUAAAUUCAGUAAUAUAUUUUAACGGAUGCACGAGAGAAGCUGUAACAGCGGUGCGAUCAAUCUCUUCGUUAUUAUUAGAAGCCGUUAAUUAUAAGAAGCCAGCUGCAACCGGUGCAACAUCUUGUAAUGUAUUUGAUCUCUUACAAUUAGUUUGCAAUGUAGUCGAUUGUCUAGCACGCGAUCAAGUUUUAUAUGCAAUAUCAAUUUCAGAGCAGGAAGCAAAAGAUGAAAGGGAGAAUGAGGAUAGUAAAUAAACGUCGAAUGCGACAGUAAAUAAAGAAUAUUGAAGAAAAUUAACUGGUAUGAAAGGGCGCGGUUGUUAACUCUGAAUUCAAUAAGCUGAAAAGAGCAUGAUUAAUAACACAUCGCGAUUUUUACUGCUAAUGUUAAAAUUGCGAAACUUUCUUUAAAAAAUCUUUGAGCGCGCGCGCACACACACAUACAAACAAACAAACAA